UUCCUAUUAGUAUCAUAUUUGUAACAAUCCCACCCUCCUACCACAAUUACAAACGAUAUCUUUGUCGGAACCUUUGAUUUAGCUCGGCGAUCUUUUGGGAGUAAAAACAAACAGCGUUCUGCAGAUGUUUAAACAUCAGCAGCAGCAUGACUCUACGGUCUCGUCCCCGAAAUCGAGUCAUUUUGAGAAGUUGAGUAAUGUUAAGUUGGAUGAUGUGGGUGGACUUGAGGUUUGCAAACAGUUAUUGAAGGAAGCUGCCAUAUGGCCCGUUAAGUAUAGUAAAUUUUUUACUGGGAAUCGAAAACCAUUGAGGACUGUAUUACUAUUUGGUCCACCUGGAUCAGGGAAGACCCUUCUAGCAAAGGCAAUUGCAGCAGAAGCGAACUCUUAUUUCUCUAGAAUUUCUCCAUCAGACAUUGUGUCUGAAUGGAUGGGAAAGAGUGAACAGCAUGUCAAAGAUCUUUUUAAAGAGGCUCGUGAAAAAGCUCCCUCCAUUAUUUUUAUUGACGAAAUUGAUUGCUUAUGUGGCCCACGAGGUGAAAACAAUGAGAAUGAAGCAUCUCGACGAAUCAAAUCAGAACUUCUUGUACAUAUGCAGGAUGUCGAAGAUGGUGAAUUCAAAGUUGAGAAACAUGUUCUGAUUCUAGCAGCCACAAAUACUCCUUAUGCUUUGGAUCAGGCCCUAAGGAGGCGUUUUGAUAUGCGAAUCUAUAUCCCUCUCCCAGAUUACGAGGCAAGGAAACGCAUAUUUGAGGUUCAGAUUGGGGAAACUCCUAAUAGCAUUGCUAAAGAAGAAUUAAAGCAUUUAGCUAAGGAUACAGAAGGUUUCUCUGGUUCAGAUAUAUCCUAUUACGUCAAAGAUGCACUAUAUCAGUCUAUUCGUUCAACUCUUGAGAAACUUGAGAAAGACGGACAAAAUUCAAAGAUCCAGGUACCAAAUGUCACAAUUGAUCAUUUUAAGGACGUGGAAAAGAAACAUAAGCGAACUGUAACUGAAGCUGACCUUAACCUGCUUGAGAAGUUCCAUAACGAGUUUGGGUCAACGCUUUCAAACUCGAACGGGACCGGACAGUCCGACCCGGGUAACCCUGAACUGGAUAGAAAUGUAGAGAGACGUUGGUUUUUAUAUUUAUUUUUUAUUUUUAUUAUUAUUUUUCUGAGUAACCGUUAUCCAUAUGUUAUCCAUAUGCUAGUGGUCUUUUUUUUGUUUUUGUCUAUUUUUGUUUUUCGAUCCUAGAUAGAAUUUUUAAUCUAGCCUAAUUUUAAUGUAUAUGUAUGUAAAACUCCCUAGUAUUAUCUGAACUUAUCUCAAUGAGUUACGUGUGUCA